CCGAGAACACGCCGUCACCCUCUACAGGGAUGUCAAAGUCGUUUCGCAGCUGAGGGGUGCCUGCAAUGCGUUUCAGAGGCAGGCCCGCGCUGCGCAGCCCACGCAAGAGGACCUUGUCAAUGCAAAUAAGUGGUUGCCAUGGGAUGAGGUGAUUCAUUGUGUGGACAUGCAGACAGAAAGAUUUGACAUGGCACGCUCACAGAGUGCCAAGGCUAGGGAGAGCAGGAAUCUGCUGUCGAUCGCGCUUUUCGUAUUGAUACCUCCUUCCAGAGGACAAGAGAUCCGGACACUGCGAAUUGCCCCGUCCGGUGACAGAGAACACGUCCAGGGACUGAAUUCAUUAGUCUUGAAUUCAGAUGGCACCCUCAUGUUCAGAUUCGAGGAUUACAAAACAUAUGGCUCUCAUGGGGUUGAUGUCACAAAUUUGCCAGAAGAUCACAGAUUGAACGUCAUCAUAAGGGAAUAUCUGGACAAAUACAGAGAUAUUCUUCUCGACGCCGCUGACGAUGGCACAACCAACAAUUUUCUUCUCCUGGGUGACUAUGAAAGCAUUUAA